AAAAAAAACAAUCUUGUAGAUUUCCCGCAUCUUUCAAAGCCAUUUCCCAAGAAACCAAGACCUGAUGAGCCACUUAGCCCUGGAAGCAUAGAAUGGGACUAUUUCAUGGACUUCCCGACCGAGUACGCCACAGCGAUCAACGAUAAGAAUUCAGAGAAUGGAGAGGUCACUCAUCUACAAGGCACACCAAUAUCAGAUCGAGUAUCGGUCAAGACGCCAUCACCUAUGCCUAUCUCUCAAGUAGACGGUUCUCAUACCCAACCGGACACUUACACCCCUACACUGGCACGGAGCGGAGCCUCAAACAAGGUGUCAGAACACGGACAUAUUGACCUAAUUAUGAAGGAAGCCAACAAAGACAGAGCGAAGACAAGCCCCAUUGUUAAUGGCGAUGGCGUUUACACCUUCUUGCCUGCAACUAAAGCGGGUCUGGCGCCCAACUUCAGUUAUCCGACUGUCGGGAGUACAUUGUACAAUCGCCAAACAGUUGAGCGGUUGCAAAACCAGGUCGAGUUGAAUGAGAACAUGUACCCGUACCCCCUCAUGGUAAAUGGGGAGAAAGGAUCGUCACACUUGUCGAACGGUGUCACCAAAGACAGUUCCAGCAGCUUAUACUCUAAGGACUCGCUGUAUCGUCCACCCACGCCACCCCAAAAUGGCAAGGGACAUACACGCAAAACUCUCGUUGGUGUUCCGACGUCUCCCCACCAGGUGAACCAUAGCGCCACUAUAGCCAGCCAAGAAAUGAUGAUCCACGAACUCCAUGACACAAUUUCUACCCUGAGAAACCGUGUCGUCGAGCUCGAAGACAGCGUCGUUCCACAUCUCUCCGCCCGGCUCGAAAGACGAAACAAGAAGAUCUCCGAAUUGCAGUCAAGAAUUCCAGAGUUACAGGAAGAAGUCAUCGAUCUAAAAAUCGCCAUAGAUUUCGGUAAUAAAGUGCUCGGUGGAUGUUGGGUUCGAGAAUGGGAGGUGUGGCGUACCCUUGCGCAAAUCACAGAGAAGAGGCGAAUAAGAAGCAACGGUCUAUUAUACAGGCUCUUCGCCUGUCCGAGGACCUUGGAUUACAGAGAUUUGGAGGGAGGUGAUAUGCCGACGGGGUAUGAGUGGCAGAUAUUUGCUAACGGACCAAAUCCAACGGGCUCGGAGAGGGUGUUGGCGCAUAUGAGGGGAGAUCGUCGCCAGCGGGUGGAUAGUGCAUUGACGAGAAGGGACAGUGGGGGUUCGUUGUCGAAUAGGGAGCUCGACGCUUUAUAUCUGAUGGCUGGACAGAAUUUAAGGAUCUUGAAGGACGAUUUGGGAGAGAUGGUCAGGCUUGUGCAGGGGUGUAAGAGAGUUGCGAUCACUGGGAUACAGGAUAUUGAACCAGCGGAUGGGUGGAGGGAGGUUUGAUACCCAAUUCUCUGUAUUGAGAAACUUCAUGUUUGUUUGGUAGUUGACCCAAAGGAUUCUGUAUGGACGGGUAUAUGUCUACGGGUUGAAC